AUGUCUCAACAAAAUAUUCAACAACAAGGAUUUUCCUUUACUACAUCGGCUGGUUCGAUGAAUGAUUUUAAUAAUUUUAAUCUUAAUUUCGAUUUCAAUAUUCAUCAAGCACCAUUGGAAGUAUCUGAAUUACCAAAAGGACGUCGUGAUGUUACGAAUGAUCAGAUUGUACGACUUUACAAAGCAACAUUAAUUAAACGACCAGGAGAACGAGUCGAAGUUCGAACAAGUGGACGAAAAAAUAAAAAUGAAAUCUUAGGUUUAACACUUACACGUUUAAUCAAAGAUAAACAUUUAAAAGGCAACAAAUAUUCUUAUGAUAUGGAACUUUUACGAGGCAUUCCACUUAAUAUGAAUAAUAGUGAAUUUGUACUUGUUCUUCGUACUGAUGGUCGUAUUGUUGCUAUGAGCGAUGAAGUUGAACAACAUUUAGGAAAAUCGAUGCGUUCAUUAUAUACGCAGUGUCGAAAUCUUUUCGAAUGUCUCGAUAAUACUGAUUGUAGUAAAUUACGAUCGAUUUUAAGUUCUUCAGUUACUUCAACAGGUCAAGAACAUCGACUUGUGUGUACUUUACGUUUACCAAAAGGUAAAAGACCUAGUCGAGCUAGUGAAGAUAUCAAGACAAUAACAAUGGCUGGCCAUUUUUAUUCGUGUCAUGAAACAACAUCAACAUCACAUGAAAGAUUAUUUAUUGCUCGUUGUGAAGCUUUAAUUUCUACAACAACAAAUAAGCCAAGUUCAUCACAAACAAAUAUGAUGAUCGAUAAUAAAAAUAAUAUUAACGGAGGUUCAACACUUAGAAUGACAUUAAAUGAAGAUAUGUCAAUAAAUACGGUUACAUCAAAUGUAAAAGAUAUUCUUGGUUAUUCAAGAACUGAAAUCAUUGGUAAUUGGGUAGGAAGAUAUUUAGCAACAGAUGAUUUAGAAAAAUGUGAAAUAAUUCGUCAAAAAUAUGUUCAACGUGACCAACAACGACAACAAUUACCAUCAAGUACUUGUGAUAUAUUUGAUAUGUAUGCUACUAAUGGUCAAGGUCGUUUGACAUUCUUUUGUCAAAUACGACCCAUACGUGAGCGACGAUCAAAAUCAAUCAAAUUCUCAUUUGUUGCUCAACUUAUUGAUCCAUCAUUACGAAGUGAAUAUGUCAAAUAUAUUCAAACUGAAUCUAUAACAGAUUCGGAUUCAAUAAAAGCUGAACAAGUAAAUCCGGGUGCACAGUUACCAGCCUCAAUAUCAAAAACGAGUGAAGAUGCAAUCAUGGCCAAUAGCCCGUCAGUCACCGACAUGGGCUUCCUCAUCUUCGACAACUUCCUUGACAGCGACUUUACUCAUCAACAACAAUGUUCACCAAUCAAUCGAACACUCUCAAACGAUGUUGCACCGGUCAGCAUCCUUGAUGAGUCUUGGCAACAAUUGUUCGGCAUCGACUAUAGCCAACAUACAUCAUCGUCAUUAUCAGCAACAGCCGAUUUUCAAUGUUGGCCAACAAAAUCUUGCGAUGAGAUCUUCAACAGCGACCAAAUCGAUGUUGAAUUAAACGAUAUUUUUAAUGAUUAUUUAUAUGGAUAUUAG